AUGUUUACCUCGACAAGAUCACAUGUUCGGUCAUAAGUUAGUUAGGGUCCAUUGCACACUCUAGAGACUAGAGUGUAAAUGGAACAGUAAAGUAUUAUUAGUAUAUUCCGUCGUCUUUAUUUCUUUGGCUAGUCGCGGUCAUUCAUUAAUGGAGGAAACGAUAACCUAAAUUCCCUUCUUUAAUCAAAGCAAUAAAUUAAGUUUACCAAUUUCUCUUUUCUCUGCCACCCACAAAAAAAAAAAAAAAAAAAAGAGAGAAGAAGGUUGCUUGUUCGUUUUAUUUUUUUCUUUUCAAGACCAUCUUCACCAGUUUUCUUCUGCUAAUCUUACUUACUUAUCACUAUUCCUUGACAUGAAGUGCAUGUUUGUCUGAUUGAGUGGAUUACUGUCUGUAAUCGAUAGCCAGAAUAUCUCAUCUUACAGCUUAAUUGGAGACGGAGACGGAAGUUGAGCACGCAGCUUUCUAAUUCAUUCUGGGACAAAUGGAUCAGGGGCACUCAACUGAUGCUGUGGACGAUAGAAAAGGAAAAUAUAUUCCCAUUAGAGAUGCAGAGGAACCAGAAUUGGGAAUGUUUGACAAACCCCUUCCUUGUUGUGGCUGUGGAAUUGGGUGGUUUUUCCUCUUGCUUGGAUUUCUGUGCCCAUUGAUGUGGUACUUUGCUACAGUUCUCUACUUUCUGAAGUAUUAUCAUAAGGACCCAAGGGAACGAUCAGGGCUAACUGCCUGUGCUAUAGCCGUGAGACUAAUUAAUCUCUUUUGUGACUUGUUCUGCUAUUCCUGCAAUUUUCUUUAUAUGGUGCAUAUAUUAAUACUAAUGUGUUGUGAAAGAAUUCACAAUGAAAAGUUUAAAGUGAAAAGGACAAGAGAGAACAUGAAAUGGAUCUAUAUUCAAAACUAGCCGGGCAGUGCUGUUAUAAUGUCAACUCUUGACACCUGAUCCUAGGGAAUUAGAUCAUUCUCUCUUCCUUCCCCCUCUUAUGCCCCAUCUCCGAUAUCUUUUUUAAUUGAACAUCAAGAACUCAGUACGGAAUUAAUAAAAAGAGCUCACUAUGGUAGUCAAGUGUUUUAUGUCCUUGGGGGGAAGCA